GUUGUAUUUCUACUGUUGUCAUUGUCGCUACACACAACAUCUGUAAUUUUUAUUGAAUUUUUCGAAUUGUGGUGUGUUUUCGUUUCGUAUUUACGUACGACAUAUGUGCGAAAUGCAUUCAUGCGUACCUACUACGUAUGCCAAAUGUCGAUGUUGAUUUUGUAGUUGUUGUUGUUCAUGUUCUGUCUUUUUUGUGCAUUUGCACUCUAGAGUUAUUGUAUUUUUUUGGCCUGUUUUUAGUCGAAGCCGAUUAUUACACAUACGUAAAUGUAUAACGCGCGGUUGAAGCGAAUAGCAAAUAAAAUUUACGAUAAAUUAUUUUUUUCUUUAAGAGCAAAUAAAAAUAUAAAAAAUUUAAGAAAAAAAAAAGAAAAACAACAAAUAAAUUAACCAAACAUAUGUCAACUAUUUUGGAUUAAGUUACAACAACAGUUCAAGUAAGGCUAAGGCCAGCCGAAAGGACGACGACAACAACAACAGGCCGUUGACGUGAAAGUCCCCCACACAAAUUCCACAAAAACCACAAGCUAACCAGUGAAGCAAAUCCAAAUGAAAUAAUUUACACUCAAAGAAAAAAGUGAAAAAUUUUAAUAAUAACAAAAACGACAGCAGCUUAGGCCAACCCUCUCAGCCAACUGAAUAAAUGCAUAGAAAUCAUUAAAACUAUAUUAUGACUAAAUAGAUUUAUUGCGAAAUAUAUGCGCCGAGAAAGGAGGAAGCAAAACGAGGAAGAAAGCCAAAUUAAUGUGAAUUUGUUUGGGUGCCACCACAAACAAAACAAAGCACAAUAUGAGAAAAUCAUAAACAUUUGAAAUUUAUUUCUCAAUUAAACUUAAAUGUACCAAAUGCAAGUGGAACAACAACAAAGCAAAAAAAAUAUAAUUUAUUGGCCAUAAAUGCCAAAAGUGGGGCAAAUUUUUCAAGCAAUCAUUAAAAGUAGCGUUUACAAAAAUAAAGCAAAACAUUUUGAUGAAUAAAGAAAAUAUAUGCAUAGUCUAAGAAAAAAUUCCCAAACCUAAUUUAACAUUUUUAGAGAAGGUGAUAAAAUGUUUUUUUUUGGGUUGUUUUCUGAAAUGUGUCUAUGAAUAUGAAAAAAUCAAAUAAAUGUUAAAAAUAUUCGUGUGUGAUAAAAUAUAGAAGAAUUAAAAUAAGUUUAAAAAUAGAAAUAAUAUUCAAAAAUGCAAAACAUCAAAUCAGUUUUGAAAAAGAAGAUAAAAAUUUUAUGAAUUUAAUGCUUUUGCAAAUCGCAAAAAAGCUUGUCUCAAAGCUUUGUAUUACAAUUCGAAAGUGAACCGUGAAAUGAAUACCAGUCUUUUGAAUCCAACAGUGGCAAAUAAUGUUAAACAAAACAAUUUUGAUCAAUAAGCCCAUACUUGUUUGAAGGCUGCCGAUUAAAUCUUUAAUUUCAACAAUUAGCAGUGCCAUCAAUCAUAUAGCAAACUCAAAAAGAGUCACUCACCAUUAUCCUUGGCUUGAGAAACAGCAACAGCAACAAAUUACACCAAAUCACAAAUUACCAUCAAUUAAUUUAAUACCCUCCACAUGUGUGAGUGAUGCCACAUGCAUGCCAUUGAAAGCGCCUGCGUUCAAAUGUCUCACAGACAAAAAUCUCAUUCAAGACCUCCAACCAAAUAAACGAAUCUGCGUGUGUGUGCUCCUCUGCUAAUAAUCUCUCCUCAACGCAAGGCUCGUUAACUCUCACCUUUAAAGAUAAUUCUCCAAGUAGUAGUGCACAAGAAAAUCCCCAAAGGAAACGAAAAUCUUCUCUCUCUCUCUCUCUCCGUGUAGAAAAUCUCUUUACAACCCAAUACGCGCCUUUUAUGCCAUACAUUUUUUACUCUCAUUUUGUGGAUUAGAGAGUAAAAAAAGUACUUCGCAUAACAACAGCAACUUAACCGUACAAAAACAAAACCAAAAACCACUUCAAUCAUCUGUUUCUUUUUUUGCAUUCGUUGCAUUUUGCACCCGGUGUGUUUGUGUGUGCAUGAGAGAGUGAGCAUCGAACGGAAAUACAAAACUGCUGCAGCAGCAACAACUGUAACAGAGUUACCAUCACGUUGUAACAAAUUCUUUUUCGGGCGACACGUGUUAAUCGAAAGCCUCCAAAGUGGAUUUAACAAACUACAAUAAAAUGCUGCAGGCAAGCAGUCAAUAUUUGCGGCCGGAUUAUUUGGCGGCACCAACUGCGAUGGAUACCAAAAGCAGUCCUUUGGCCUUGUUGGCCCAGACCUGCAGUGCAAUUGGUGCCGAUACAACAAAUCCCAAAUUACUAGCAGCAAAUAUUGAAAAAGCAACCAAAGCUCACAAGUCCUCCUCGUCAUCCUCGCUGGAUAACCGGGACAAAUCAUCGCCCCUCAGUAGUCAUUCGUCCGUGUCAACUGGAUCUGCGGAACAGCAGCAGCAGCAGCAGCAACAUCAUCAAACACAACAACAUGCGUCCCAUCAGCCACAACCUGUGAAGUGUAGUUUCAAACCUUACGAAACAAACAACAAUCACAUAAGGGAACGCACAGAUGUCGAUGCAGACCAGGCGACAAAUUUGACCCAGGCCCAUGCGCAUGCGCAAAUUCAGCACUUGCAACAACAACAACAACAGAUGCAGUUUCAGCAUCAGCAAAGAGUAAAGACACCAAAAACUAGCGGCAACGGCAGUAGUAACGGCUUGCAAACUCGUUGUGAUUCUAAUCAAAGCGCCUCUUCACAGCGAGGGGAGUCACCUGCCGUCAAUGGGGCUUCGUUGAGACGCACACCUUCUUCUGUGGCUGGUUUGCAGCAAGAAAUCCAACAACAACAGCGAACUUUGAAUAGCCCAGCGCAACAGCAUAAAACCAAAGAACUUAUUCACAAUGGCGGAUCAUUGGAAACAUCAUCGACGACGACAGCACAAAGCAAUGCACCGUCAUCAGCAACUAGUCCUUCCCAAGCUUCAGCCACGUCGGCCAGAUUGCAGGCGUCCAAUGAGGCAGCCGCCUUGGCGCAAGCAUCCAAAGAGGCCAGUUAUAUGAAAGCCUUGCAAGCGGCGGCGGCAGCAAGUGGUGGGGCAACGGCAUCGGGAUCCUCCGCAGCGGCUGCCUACUAUCCCGGUUAUCCUUCCAGCAUGUCCUAUCCCAUGGAUUUGAUGGCGGCCAGUGCGCUGAUGUCACCUCAUCAUCCCAUGUUUAAGGCGGCCUCUUUGAAUCCCUAUCUGAACUACGCACGACUGAAAGGUUUGGAAAUGCAAACGAACAUUUGCAGAGAUCCCUAUUGCACGGGCUGCCCAUCAAGUCCCCACUUCCUCAAUAAGGCAGCCGGCCAACCCUGUCCCGCAGGAUGUCCACAAUGCGAGAGGGAGGGCAAAACAGGCAACUCAGUAGCUGCCGCAGCAGCUUCAUCCUACCAUGCCCAGCUGGCCGCUUUAGCAGCUGCUUCACAAAUGCCUUACGUGUGCUCGUGGAUAGGAGGAGAUACUCCAUACUGCGGCAAACGUUUUGCUACUUCCGAUGAACUUUUCCAACAUUUACGCACUCACACAGCUUCACUUCCCGAAUCUGUUUUGACAGCGGCGGCGCAAGGUGGCAUACCGCCCAAUCAUCCCCUGUUUCAAAGGACCUACCCCACACCGCCCUUAAGUCCCCUCUCAGCGGCCCGCUACCAUCCAUAUGGGAAACCGUCCAUGCUGCCUCCAUCGCUAGCGGCGUCUGCGCCUCCCGGCUCUUUGGCUAGCCUGCAAAUGCAGCAACAUCCAGCCUUGGCCCAAUAUUUCUCUCCCUACUCCCUGUAUGGGCCGCGAAUGGGUUCAUCACACCCAUAGUCUGGAGCGGAGGAUUACAAAAAAUUUAUGUAAUUUAAGCUAUGCCUAGAAUGAGGAAAAAAAACGUGAACGAUAGCGUCAUUCACUUUCAUUUUGGAUUUAAAUAGUUUUUUGUUUCUCCUUUUUUUUUUGUUUUUAAUCAAAAUUUAUUGUGAAACUGAAAUAAAGCUCGUGAUGUUAGUUAAGCACUAGUAACCAUAUGAAAUAAACUGAAUGAAUUGUACAAUUACCUAAUAAAAAAAAAUACUGAAACAAACACUUGCAAUAUACAAUAUGAACAUGCAAAUAUAAAAUAUGAACUACAUUGAGAAUAAUUAUAAUUUGAGUAAUAGUACGAACUAUUUUUGUCCAAAAACU